UAGAACCAAAAGACGUUCCUUCUAGAACUCAACAGCUUUUUGUGGAUUCCACGAGCUUGCCAUUCAGUCCAUGGCCAGAUUUGAUCAGACCCUGAGAAAAUGUUGCCUGAACACUUUGUUCUUUUAUUUACGCCCAUUCUGUGGGCUCUGCCCGCUUAUGCUAGUGAGUUUGUAAUUGAAGAGAAAGAGGAUAUAUUCAAGGUACAGUCCUGCCCUGCCUUCUUAAUGUUCCUGAAUGCUGCCUAUCUGGCUGAUAUGACCUUUGAGCUACCAUGCCUUUGUAAGCCCGAGAACGUGAAAUCAGUUGUCUGGUACUAUCAGGAGAAACUGGGCAAAGGACACACAAAAGUACUGACUGACUUCAAUGGAACAAAGAUCUUGGAUACUACCCAAUUACCUUCUGGAUCGGCAAUUAGUUCACGGUUCAGUAUCUUAAUGUUCAGCCUGGUUGUCUUCAAUUCCCGCCCCCAGGAUUCGGGGCAUUAUAUGUGUGGCUCUGUGAAGGGUGAUUAUUUUUAUGGUUAUGACAUUGACGUGCAGAGUUAUAAAAAAGCACACAUAAGCUUCCAAGAGGGGAAGCUGAAGCCUCAACUGGACGUGGAGACUAAGACCUACAAGAUCUUUACGUUGUACUGGGAUUGGACCAGAUGUGAUCGAUGUGGGGUGAGAGGGGAGCAACGACGUGUUGGCUUGUGUUACUUCCGCAGCCCUUACCUCUAUUUCAGGUACAAGAAGGCCAUGCCUGACAUCGUUUCCUGUGGCUCUGCUGCAGUCCCCCGCAGAUACCGGAACAUCCUGAAGAAGAGAAAAACGGAGAUCUUGGUACGAAGCUGUUUCACGCCGUGCGCAACACGUUACCCCUCCAUUGAAGGGCAGAAGUUCAUCUUUGAACUGUUUGGUUUUACCAAUGACAAGAAUAAAAAGAUUCCCAAAGUCCCAGUGCAGACCCACUUCCAAGUCAUUGCAGAACCUUUGAUUCUCGCCUGUCCAGGGGCUAGAGCAGAGGAAGCUGUAGCCUGGGAUAAGGGGCACCGACAGCUCUACAGGCAGGAGUACAUGAUGGGUGUCAACAGCAGCAUGAGGUUGUAUAUUGAUCAUGGUAAUCAUCUGGUUAUCCGUGCCUUUCAGCUGAAUGACAUUGGGACUUAUUACUGUUGGCGGCAAGGCCAAAUGGUGGCUGGGAUUAGGUUGUUGCUCGGCCUCGCAAAGAGGAAACACAGAAGUUUCACCGAUCCCGAGUCCAUCUUUGCGAUGCAAAUAAUCCUUAGUACCUACGUCAUACUGACGAUAAUAUUUGUCUUCCUCAAAUGCAUGAAAUGUAUGAAUCAUUACUUUGUUUGUUUUUAAGACAGGAACAGGAUGACAUUUCUCCCCUUUACCAGUUCAAAGCAAAUGGUCAAAGUCAGUGUCAGUGUCAAAUUAUGUUUGUAAGUAAAUGUUUAUCAGUCUUGCUGUUUAUCUGGAAACCUAACCCUUAUAUCAGUGGGUCUCUGGUUUCAAUUCUUAAAUGGAAGGGUUUGGUUUGAUGCCUGUGUGGUUCGGCGUUUUGUCCGAUGAAUACAGGAACAGGAAAAUUGGUUACAGUAACCCUCUAUUAAUAUAAAGUAGAUUGCCCCAUAUUAAAGACUGGCACCACAGUGGUUGUAAUGACUGUAUGGAAUAUAGUGCUAUCAUAUAGGGGGGCUUCAGCAGCCAAAAUAUCACAAGAAUGUAGUGAGGCAUUAAUGGAGGGGAGGAGAUGGUCAUAUUAAUUGACUUGUCUUACAAACACGUUGGGAAUGUUUAGGAAUCAAAUACCUGUAGUAUAGAAGUUAAUGAAAUUUCAUCUGCGAAAAUUGCUCAGUGCAGUAAACAAAAGCUGUUCAAGGACUGGAUAACCAAUGGUAGUAGUUGAGUACAUCACCAGAUGAUUGCACAGCCUGAUGGCAUUCUAUAAAACAGGGCACUGUGUGAGAUUCACACAUCUAUUGUAAUGAGACAUGUUGAUGAUGCAAUAAAUGGCGUUUGUGGGGUUGAUCCUGAAGGAGUCCCUGAUAUGUGAGUGUAUUUGGUAUCCCUGUCGCAGUUACAGCACAUGAAGGUUUUAUGAUUUAUUUUCUUAUUGACUUGAUUUAAUAAAGAGUGUUAACCAAAUAUUUUGAACUUUAAUUGGCGAUAAAGGUUGGAUAACCAUAUCCAUAUAAGAACCAUAUUGAUAUUUGAUGACACCUGAUAACACCUCAAAAGAGGGAGAUUGAGAGGGAAAGAAAUAGGACACGAGGUAGUGCUGACAACUUAGUUAAAGGAGAAUCCUAAAAGAUUCUAUGUAUAUUAUUAGCCCAAACCAAUUAGUUGGUUUGCUCACUAUGGCCAUGGAGGAGGCCCAGGACAGAAAGGUUGGAUUCCUAUGGUGGACCCAAGUAUCUUUCUUCACCUUGUAUUUUCAGUUGGAAUCUGCAAUAACUUCUAACCACAUUCCGUUUGAGUGUGGCAUUUACUCAUGUAGUCCUCCAGAGGGCAGGCAUGUACUGCUCCCUUGAUCCAAGUUGCACAACUGAAAAUAAUCUGGCAUAUAACCAUAUAACCAUAUAACAAUUACAACACGGAAACAGGCCAUCUCGACCCUUCUAGUCCGUGCCGAACACAUAAUCUCCCCUAGUCCCAUAUACCUGCGCUCAGACCAUAACCCUCCAUUCCCUUCCCAUCCAUAUAACUAUCCAAUUUAUUUUUAAAUGAUAAAAACGAACCUGCCUCCACCACCUUCACUGGAAGCUCAUUCCACACAGCUACCACUCUCUGAGUAAAGAAGUUCCCCCUCAUGUUACCCCUAAACUUCAGUCCCUUAAUUCUCAUGUCAUGUCCCCUUGUUUGAAUCUUCCCUACUCUCAGUGGGAAAAGCUUUUCCACGUCAAACCAUCUGAAUCAGUGUUAUUCGCUAAAUCACAAGGUAGAAGGCACACCUCAAUUUACACUUUUCAUUAUCUGACCACAGACUUAAAUUGCUUUUACCAAUAUUUUUUACCCGUUUUUUGUUAAAGUCUAACAGAUUAGAGCGACUUACGACUGAUUGUAGGGAAUUCAUCAUUAAACGAUGCUUUCGUUGCCUUUGUGUGUCAGAUACUAUCCAUUAUUUUAGUACUUGAGACCCAUGUAAAACCCGUGGUCUGUUGGACAGCAGUGAUCCCUGGGCUCCCAUAUGUUUCUGCAAGCUGGACCACCAAAAGCAGGCAGGUCAAGGCACCAUGAAAACAUCUUCCAUGCCUGCUCUACAAAACCCUCCAGAUCCAGUGGAAAGACAGGUAGGAGUCACUCACAGAAGCCUAAAGUCCCACACCACCGAUCUGGAAGAGCUACUUUCCAACAACCAUUAGGUUCAUGAACUGACCUGCUACAACUCUAAUCCUACAUCAGCAACAAAACAGUAUGGACCACAUCUUGAAUCAAGAUCUCUAUCUCCAUCAUAGGUGAUAGACUUCUGACCGACAUCCACUAUAAACCCACUGACUCCCACGGCUAUCUAGACUACACUUCUUCCCACCCUGCUUCCUGUAAGGACUCCAUCCCUUACUCCCAAUUCCUCCGCCAACGCCGCAUCUGCUCCCAGGAUGAGGUGUUCCACAGCAGGGCAUCGGAAAUGUCCUAAUUCUUCAGGGAACGGGGGUUUCCCUCCCCUACUAUAGAUGAGGCUCUCACCAGGGUCUCUUCAAUACCCCGUAACACUGCU